GGACCGCGGACUCAGUUGUCGAUGGGCACUUUGCUGGAGCUGUUGGGCCCCACUUCCGCACCUGGACAAGAGGAUCAUUAUCGCAUCCCCAAUCGACUGACAUUCUAAUCACGCUAAACAAAUACUUGAUUAGAGAGAGGGACCUAUUGCCUAGUCCGCAAUGUCUGCCACGCCUCCCUCAACGCCGCCCAAGGUCCCAGCUUCUGCCGGAAAAGGACUUCACUCGAGAGCCUAUAAUGGCCUGAUUGGAGCCUGUGACAAAUUCGUGCCCGCCAAGAUGCGACCCUUGUGGAUGCAUCCAGCUGGUCCCAAGACUAUAUUCUUCUGGGCCCCGCUGGUUAAAUGGAGUCUCGUUAUCGCCGGUCUCAGUGACUUGACGCGUCCUGCGGACACGAUUUCACCCAACGGAUGUUUGGCACUGGGGGCAACGAACCUGAUUUGGACACGCUAUGCCCUGGUCAUCAUACCGAAGAACUACAGCCUAUUUGCGGUUAAUCUAUUCGUGAGUCUGACGCAGCUCUUCCAACUGGGCCGUGCCUAUAACUACAGGUGGGAGCAGUCCAAGUUGGAGAAGAGUGCCGAGCAGAAGCCAGCUGCCAUUAAGGAUAGUUCGUAAUAGGCCCAUGUACAUAAAUUAAUUUCUUUAGACUUCAAAAAUAAAAAAUAUAAAUUUCUAGUCUCUUCA